AGUGCAUUAUAAAUGUCUACACUCGACAGAGAUUGUUCAAAGGAGCAUGGCACAGGAUAAAUCAUUAGCAAUAAUCGGCUGUGGUUUGGUGGGCCAAAGUUGGGCUAUCGUUUUCUCGACGGCAAAAUUCCAUGUACGGAUUUUCGAUAAUAUGACCGAAAAAUUAGAAGAUGGGUUGGCGUCCAUAAAAAGGAAGAUGGAAGAACUCGAAGAGAAAGGAUGUUUACGUGGAAGUAUGUCAGCUGCGGAAGCUCUCACGUUUAUUAAAGCGACGCCUUCUAUGGAACAGUGUGUGGCUGGUGCAUCUUACGUUCAGGAAUGUGUGUUUGAAAACAUCAAGUUAAAGAGAAGUGUGUUUGAAGACGCUGAAAAGUAUGCGUCUAAGGAUGUUAUAUUAGCAAGCUCAACCGGGAAUAUUUUUCCAUCUCGACUUUCGGAGGGAAUGAAACUCAAGGACAGAAUUAUUGUCUCACAUCCUAUUAACCCGCCACAUCUGGUACCACUAGUUGAAAUCAUUGCAGCUCCUUGGACCGAUCCAACAGUUGUAACUCAAGCUAGAACUAUACUUGAAGACGCUGGUCAAGUGCCGAUCGUUGCAAAGAAGGAGACUGCGGGAUUCAUUAUGUGCCGCAUUCAGCAUACGAUUACUGCGGAAUGUUUCAAACUUAUACGGGAUGAUGUUAUCAGUGUAGCUGACUUGGACAAGCUUAUUCCACAUGGACUUGGGUUGAGAUAUGCAUUCAUGGGUGCCCUAGAAACAUGCUACCUUAAUGCAAACGGUUACCUGAGCACAACAUGCUCAUGGUGGGCUCUUGCGAUCAUAACUUGUCCGUAGAGCGUCCACAGCAAUUUGUAUGAACAAUAUUUAUUUACUAUUUUUGGAUGGGUUUCUAGCACACAAACUAAACAAGACCCGAAGGAUGGUUUAUAUAUCUAUUAUAUGUGUUGUAUUCAAGUAUCAACUCACAUAUGAUAUCUACAAGUAAACUUCUAUAGAGUAUUUGAUAACAGAGGCUUGGCUUUGUCUAUAUUAUAUGCUUACCUACUACACCGAACAAACUUCGACAAGAAUAAUCCGUCAUAUUUGUUCAAACGGACAUCUACCAUGACUGUUCAAAUAAUGGUACCAGGUCAAAACUCGCCCUGCCUCAGGUGGCAAUAAUAUCAUUUUAGAUAUUUGGUGUAGAGAUCGGUCAUUACAGAUAAAUGUCUCUUUCGUAUUUUGAGUUCAAUUGGCAUUGACCCUUAAUGUUUGUCCGAUCCUUUACCAGAUAAUGCUUCUCCCUACAGUGUGAAUGUUGGUUAUGAAUAGUAGAUGAUCUUUAAUGAUUUUGAGGUCAGUAUGACAAAGGUAAUGGUAACUGUUACUUUGACCACUCAAAGCUUGUGAGAGUUAGGGGGUCAUCAAUGUUAAAUAGACUUACAUAGGCACAACAUGACCUCGUUAUAGUUUAAAUGUGCUCCAAUAACAUUCUGUUAGCUCAUAUCCCU